AUGGUCCAAACACGAUCGGGUCAAGCCUCAAUGGCUAGUGAAUCGAAGCCACAGACUACGCACUUCAAAGCAAGUAAGAAAGCUACCACUAAUAAUGUGAAAACGAAGGACGCCAAAGAACCAGUAAAUGCAAACAAAAAGGAGUUACCCGCUGAAACAGUGCCUGAAAAGCGCAAGAGGGACGGCGAAUCGAAAAACGAUAACGCUCAAGAUGAAGAUCAAGAGCCACUGUCGAAGGCAGAGCAGGCCUCACCUAGCAAGGCCGUGAAGGAGGACGAAGAAGAGACAGCUAAAUCCAAAGAGAAGGUGAUCGAAGAGGAAGAAAAGAGAGAAAACGUUCCUUCUACCAUUGCCCACAAAAUCCACAAAACGAUCGAAGAAUACGGUACUCUUCCUUUGGAAGGACUUGGAGUCGAUAAGCCAUUAGAGCCCACGCCAGAGGUUCUAUUAGCAAUUGUAAUCGACUCAAUGUUAAGAUCAACUCGAAUCUCACACCUCCUCGCGCAAAAGACUUCGAUCAGUGUUUUCAAAGCUGGUUAUCACGAUAUCAAUGUGCUGAGCAAGAUGUCGUGGGACGACAGGGUUCAAGUCCUGUCUGAAGGCGGUUAUAACCGCUAUCGAGAGAUGACUGCCACUAAACUUGGGAACUUGGCUCAAUUGGUAAAUGAGAAAUACGAUGGCGAUCUCAACAAUCUAUUGAAGAAAGCAGGAGAUAAUCCAGCUCAAAUUCGACAUUUGGUUCGAGAGAUCAAGGGAUUCGGCGACAUAGCCACUGAUCUGUUUUGUGACGAUGCACAGGCCGUCUGGCAUGUUCUGGCGCCAACGAUUGAUCAUCGCAGUCUCGACACCGCCAAAGAUGUUGGCAUCGGAACAGAUAUCAAAGCCAUAUAUGCCGAGCUAGGUCGUGACCCUGUUCAAAUGAGCAAGCUUGCAAGGGGUCUUUCCGCGGUAAGGUUGUCAAAGCAUCAGGUGGAUAUUGAACAUGAGGAGUAA